UUGCUUCCUCUAAUUCCUCUCGUCACGUUCUCCAUUUUUGGGGUUGAUUCCUCUACGCUCACCAAGAUCUCCAAUUGCCUACCUCUUUCUCUCUUUCAAGAUUCUUUAAUGGUAAAAGCAUAUAAACAAGAGCAUGUCUACAAGCAUCCAUGGGAGCGGGUGAGUGCUGCCUCAUGGAGGAAGUUCGCAGACCCUGAAAACAAACGCAUCCUUUCUCAUAUCCUCGAAGUCGACACCUUGAACCGCAGACUCGACACUGACACCGGGAAGCUCCACACCACACGUGCUCUCACCAUUCACGCUCCCGGUCCAUGGUUCCUUCACAGGAUCAUAGGCCAAGACAUCUGUCACUGUGUUGAGUCAACAGUUGUCGAUGGCAAAUCACGUUCUAUGCAGCUUACGACAAAGAACAUUACUCUCAAAAAGUUCAUUGAAGUGGAGGAGAGGAUAAGAUACGAUCCUCAUCCAGAAAAUCCAUCGGCCUGGACGGUUUGUAGCCAGGAGACAAGCAUUCGGAUCAAGCCAUUGUCGGCUCUGGCCUCAAUGGCUGAGAAAGUUGAGCAGAAGUGCGCCGAGAAGUUCAUGCAAAACAGCAUGAAAGGGCGAGAGGUUAUGGAGAGGAUUUGUAGGUAUAUGGAAGCAGAGUCCGCUCCUGUCUAAAGAUCCAAACUUUUAAAGAUUCCAGUAUCUUGGCUUUGGGUUUUGUAGUAAUUCAAGAGGACUUCUAUUGGUAGUAAUAAAAUCUAUAAGACAGUUAUGAUCAGACUGCUGUUUUUUUUUUCUUUUAUCAGCUACUUCUCUUGUUUGUUUUA